AUGGACAUGUUCAUGAUGAGAUCAGUGGAGGUCAACAUGGAGGAUGAGACUGUGUGGGUGGACUCUGGGUCAACGGUUGGUGAACUUUAUCAUGGGGUUGCUGAGAGGAGCAAGGUGCAUGGUUUCCCAGCUGGUGUGUGUCACAGUGUUGGUGUUGCAGGGCACUUCAGUGGAGGAGGGUAUGGAAACAUGAUGAGAAGGUUUGGUCUUUCUGUGGAUCAUGUUUUGGAUGCUGUGAUUGUGGAUGCUGAAGGGAGAGUCUUAGACAGGGAGCAAAUGGGGGAAGAUCUUUUCUGGGGGAUUAGAGGAGGUGGGGGUGCUAGCUUUGGGGUCAUUGUGUCGUGGAAAAUCAAGCUGGUUCCCGUGCCUGAGGUUGUCACAGUUUUUAGAGUUGAAAAAACAUUGGAACAGGGUGCCACUGAUGUUGUUCAUCGAUGGCAGUAUGUUGCUGAUAACAUCCAUCAUGGUUUGUUUAUUAGAGUGGUUCUUAGUUCUGUCAAAAGGAAGGGUCAGAAGACAAUAAGAGCCAAGUUCAAUGCCCUGUUUCUUGGAAAUGCACGAGAGUUGCUUCGUGUGAUGAGUGAUAGCUUCCCUGAAUUGGGUUUGGUUGGUGAAGACUGCAUUGAAAUGAGUUGGAUCGAUUCGGUGUUGUUUUGGGACAACUUUCCGGUGGGGACUUCGGUUGAAGUUCUGCUUCAAAGGCAUGGUACAACUGAGAAAUUCUUGAAGAGAAAAUCAGAUUAUGUGCAGCAACCUAUUUCCAAAUUUGGCCUUGAAGGUAUAUGGAAUAAAAUGAUGGAGCUAGAAAAACCUGUUCUCGCACUCAACCCCUAUGGUGGGAGAAUGGGUGAAAUUUCUGAGAUGGAAACACCGUUUCCACAUAGAGCUGGUAACUUAUACAAAAUUCAGUACUCAGUGAAUUGGAAAGAGGAGGGUGAAGAUGUUGCUAAUAGAUAUUUGGAUCUGAUUCGGGGUCUCUAUGAUUAUAUGACGCCUUAUGUGUCAAAGUCACCUAGAAGUUCAUAUCUGAACUAUAGAGAUGUUGAUAUAGGUGUUAAUGGGCCUGGAAAUGCUACUUAUGAAGACGCUAGGGUAUGGGGUGAGAAGUAUUUCAAAAGAAACUUUGAUAGACUGGUAGAGGUAAAGACAAAGGUAGAUCCAAGCAAUUUUUUCAGAUAUGAACAGAGUAUACCAUCACUUGCAGGUUCUGGUCUAAGGAUAAUGUCAGAAUAG